GAGUUAUUGUGCGAAUAUAGUUCAACCGGACAAGUUUAAGAAAAAAAUAUUUUACCAUAUAUAUUUUUUAUAUUAUUUUGAUAUAUUUGAUCUCUUUAUUUAAGGUGACUACAUAAUUAUAUAUUAUAUAGUAACAUUGUAAAGUGACAGUGUUUGUUCAGGAUAUCAGACACUGUAUUCCAAAUAUUUUUGGCAAAAUGGUUAAUGAGGUUUCAAAGAAUUUUAUUGUGGACAAUGGCGUUUACAAGGGAAAAGUAACAUUUGAAUCUCAUUUAGACAAUUACAAAAGUUUUGGAAACUUAAUUUGGAGCAGUCUUAAAAAACAUGGAGAUAAAGUUGCUUAUUUGGAUGCGCACACGGAAGAAACAAUGACGUAUGUGGAGCUUCAUGAUAAAGCCGUGAGAUGCGCGUUAUUUUUAUUAAAGCAAGGAGUCAAACCUAAUGACAUUAUUACUUUGUCCACGAAUAAUCGUUUGAACUCUAUCGUACCCUGUCUAUCGGCAGCUUAUAUUAACACAAUUUUUAAUACAUGGGAUGAAAAUAUGGAUUUGCAAACUACACUAUACUAUUUGGAUCUGAUUAUGCCAAAAAUAAUUUUCUGUUGCGAGAAAUCUGUGCAUGUUGUCUUAAGCGCAAUAAAAGAGAAAAAUUGCAAUUCCAUGGUGGUAGUUUUUGGCAAACAUAUCAACGCGAUUUCAUUCUCCGAUAUCUUGAGGACUGGCACUGAUGCAGAAGUGGCAAAUUUUCAUUAUGUAGAACAUGACGAUAUCAAAAAAACGGCGUGUAUUCUACACUCCUCAGGCACUUCGGGAUUACCAAAAGCCAUCGAAGUAUCCAACUAUAGCAUGAUAAUCGGCUGCGGAAAGACAAGUAUAAAUAUGUCGAAUUCACUAUGGUUCUCUCCUCUUUCUUGGAUGAGUGGAAUAAUGAUGAACAUGUAUGCGAUUGUGCACAACGCAAAAGUAAUACUCUACCCGGAAUUCGACGAGGACAUGACUUGUCGAUUGAUUGAAAAAUACGAAAUAAGAACUCUGCUUCUUAGUACAAGCAUGACAAAUCGAUUUGUUAAAGGGAAUCACAUAAAGAAUUAUUCGUUAUUGUCUUUAAAAAACAUAUUAGUUACUGGUGCAAUACUUACGCCAAAAAUGCAACAAGAUUUGAGAAAUAUGUUACCACAUGUCGGAAUAUGUCAAGGUUACGGAAUGACGGAAAUUUGCUUUUUCGCAACGUUUCAAUUGCCGAAUCACAAAAAUGGAUCAAGUGGAACGGUAGUCGACAAUAUGCAAAUGAAGAUCGUGGAUCCAGAAAGUGAGAAAGUACUUGGUCCAAAUCAAUCUGGAGAAAUAUGGUUAAAAUCUCCGAUCAUGAUGACUGGUUAUUAUAAAAAUCCUGAGGCGACAAAAAGUACGAUCGAUAAUGAAGGAUGGUUGCACUCGGGUGAUAUUGGUUAUAUAGAUGAAGAUGGAGAAUUAUUCGUUACCGAUAGAAUAAAAGAGCUUAUAAAAUAUAAAGGAUAUCAAGUCUCACCGACGGAAAUCGAAAAUGUUUUAAUGUCGCAUCCAGCAGUGUUAGAAGCUACAGUAAUAGGAAUCCCUCAUGAGUUAGACAACGAACAUCCUCUUGCUUUCAUUAUUAAGAAAUCUGAUGCCAGAAAUCUGAUGGUACUAUUUUCUGUUUUUUUUUGUUAA